UGUUCGCCAAUGCGAUACCAACCGCUAUCGUCCAACGAUCGUCGCUUGGGGGGGGGGAAAAAAAGACUCCGUCGACCGUUCUCCUUUCACCUGCGAUAAAAAUUUGCUCCGUGAUAGCGCGAACGAGGAGUGAAUCGUUACGGGGAAGCUGUUCGCGACGGUUCGAGACGCAACGCGGCGGUGUGAAUUUUCGAAAGAUACGGAAAGUGGCGAUCGCGCGCGCGACAAAUUCUGUUCGAGCCCGCUCGAAACGGUGACCCAGAGGAGAUCGACAGCUCGGAAACAGAAGAGAGGAACUGAUGUUGGCGUCCAGCCGGAAGAGAUACCGGAGACGAACGAGCGACAGUCUCGCUGGAAGUUUAAGGCCGAAGCCCUGAAAAGGUGAUAACGUUCAACAAGCUGGAUCCGCUGGACGUGGACGAGCUGGCCGUCGAGAGUACGCGCUCGCCUGAAUGAAGCUGCACCGGAUCACCGGUUCAUAGGAGAUCGAUUCGAGCGAACCUCGUGAUCGGCAAGGUAUCGGAGGGAAUCGUCCGCUGGGAAGUUCGCGAAACGUUUGAUCGGUGGCUCGACACGGGAGAAAAGAGAUUUUUAAAGCGCCAAAGAGAGGAAGAGUGAGAGAGAGAGAGAGAGAGAAAGAGAGGAUUGGACGUCUCUGUAUCGGAUUCGCUUACGGCAGGCUUUAACUGUCACCCGAUCCCUUGUGGCCGAACGAAAUUCGACAGAUAUUACUGAGAGAUACCAUGGCUUUCAUUUGGUAUAUCGGAAUUUUUGCAGCAAUAGUUAUUGGACAAACAUGGGCAGACUUGGCAGUUUCUACUCAUGAUUUAAAAGUACAACUAAAGUAUACAGAGACAUUUACAUUGUACCUGACGGAAAAUGUAUCUACAGAUGUAUAUGUGUUGAUAAAUGUGGAACACCCAGAUUUGCUCUAUGUUACUCCUAAUAACACUAUCAUUAAUAACAGCAAAAGUUGGGAGGAAGUAACUGUAGAGGGGAAGCAUGCAGGACAUUCAGUUGUUAGUGUUAAUGUUACAAAUAGUGUAAUACCUUUUUCAGAAGCAUUUGUCAGAGUUACUAUAGAAAAGUCAGACACUCUUUAUUAUAUAAGUGCUGUAGUAGGUUGGAUAUACUUUUUAGCAUGGAGUGUAAGUUUCUAUCCACAAAUGUACAUCAACUACAAACGGAAAAGUGUUAUAGGAUUAAAUUUCGAUUAUUUAUCGUUAAAUCUGAUCGGUUUUAUUAUGUACGCUCUAUUUAACUGCGGUCUAUUUUGGAUAUCAGAUGUAGAGAUCGAAUAUUUUAGACGACAUCCGAAAGGUUUAAAUCCUGUGCAAGUGAACGAUAUAUUUUUCGCCUUGCACGCAGUAACUGCUACUGUGAUAACUAUUUUUCAAUGCUUUAUUUAUGAGACAGGUACUCAGAGAGUAUCGACAACCGCACGUAUUAUUCAUGGAAUAUUUGCAAUCAUUGUAUUAUGUACUAUAAUACUAGCUGCAGUACAUAUACUGCAUUGGCUUGAUUUUCUGUACUAUUGCAGUUAUAUAAAAUUGUGUAUAACAUUAAUCAAAUAUAUUCCACAAGCAUUUUAUAAUUAUAAAAGAAAAUCCACCGUUGGUUGGAGUAUUGGCAAUAUAUUUUUAGAUUUUACUGGCGGUAUUUUUUCAAUGCUGCAGAUGAUAUUGAAUGCAUACAAUUACGAUGAUUGGGAAAGUAUUUUUGGAGACCCAUCGAAGUUCGGUCUGGGAUUUUUUUCAGUCGCAUUUGAUAUAUUUUUCAUUGUACAACAUUACAUUUUCUAUCGGAAUCGUGAAGAAUACGUUGAAAUACCUGGUAGCAAUUGUGAGGACUGUAAAGAGGGCACAUCAAGAAGCACGCUUGCUUGAUUUUAUAUCGUUUUCUCCGAAUGACUGCUUAGUUGUAUUUAUUACAAUAAAGAACGAUCUACCUAUUCAUCACUCAUAUACGAGAAAGAAACAUCGAUACCGCCAUUGAUGUCAUAAUGUCGAAUUUUUAUUCUCA